CAGAUAUAUUUGUUUAGGCACUUAUCUGUUAAAUUAUUUUUUAAACUCAUCUGAUCAUUUUCUGUUGAUCAAAUGACUUAAUUUUUGCAACUGCCUAAAAUUUUCAAGAUUUAUUUAUUUUUACAGCGAAUGCAGUAAAUAUAAUAUAUGGAUAUGUUUUCAACCUUUGUUUUUUCAAAGGCUCGAGCUGUUAACGUGAAUAAAACAAUCAAUAUUACUAUAGUAAGAAGUAAAACACUAGGGAAAGACAUGGGAAAGUAAAGAAAAUCAGUAGACUUUAAAACUGACAGCAAAGUGUUAAAUCACCAUUCACCAGUCGUAUUUCAACUCUGAUCGGUCUUAGCUCAUAUGCUAGUGACCAUCCUUAAGUCAAAAGAAACAGCAGCAGAGAAAUGUUGACGAUAAAGACAUAUACUGUACUAUGAUGGUCUGUCCUACAUACGAGUGUCUACAUGAAGGGGGAAAAAACACUUCCUUCCCGUCAUGUUUUUUCCUCAGGCUGCAUGUUGGUUUCCACUAAUCAGAGCGCGUCUUGGUGUCAGCUCAGCCAAUAGGGGGCCUGGAGGCGAUUACUAUGUCAGUGGGUGUGAUCCCAGAGGAGGAAGCGUCACCGAGCCGCGCAACAAAGUUUUAAGAGAAUGGCCGACAAGACUGUGGAUGGAGGGCCAUGGACGGGAUGUGCGGUCAUGUUCCUGCAGUCACUCUGUCCGGGUGUAAAUCUGCUCUCACUCUACAAAGACCAACAGAGAAAAUUCAUCGUUUUCAAAGUCAUCAAGCUGACACUUAUAGACUCUGCAGGUGGUCUGGGUGGUUAUGAAAUCCUGAAGGUCCAUGACGCGGAUCCUUUCCUGGGGGUGGAGGUGAAAUUUGUGGAUGUGGCAGCAUGUCAGCAAUUCCUGGAGAGCUACAGCUCUGGAGCCGUGCGACAGUCGUUCUCCCAACAUGCCUGCCGGCUUCUCGUGCUGCCCCAAGAAUUCAGUGUGGAAACCCAGCUCAAGGCCAGCACACACAUCCUGGAUCUCUGCCUGGACAAGCUGGACCUUUGCCUGCAGCACAUCCACCUCUCACAGCCGGAGCGUCUGCGUGAUGAGGAGAUUGAUCAUCUGGAGCAGCAGCUGCAGAACCAGGCCCUCGGUCCUGCACCUCAGCCCACCCCCAUCACACAGGAGGAGUCUCCCAUCCCCAGCAACUGCUUCAAGUUUCAGAACAGAGUGUUUGAGGACCGAAUGCUGACAUCGACAGAUGUUCAGAGCUUUUCCAACGGAGUAGGCCGUCAGUGGAAACACGUAGGGAGGGCUCUGGGGAAGAACUGCCGCGCUCUCAAGGGUCCAGCCAUAGACAACCUGGCCUAUGAGUACGAAAGAGAAGGGCUGUAUGAGCAAGCCUAUCAGCUGCUCAGCCGUUUCAUCCAGGCGGAGGGGAGGGCGGCCAAGCUGAGCCGACUGGUCAAAGCACUGGAGGACUGCAAACUCACCAGCCUGGCAGAAAAUAUUCUGGACAUACAGCCACGAGAGUAACUCUGCAUACGAGUCAAGAAAACUGAGGUGGACAGGUCCUCUCCGCAUGAGGAGAGCUGACCGCGUCCUGCCUGCUUUUAUAUACAGUAUGUUUGUUCUUGAUUGACAUCUCACGUUUAAAAUCAUUCCCGUGUAUGUAUGUGUGUGUGAGUGUGUGUGUUUGUGUGCAUGUUUCACACAGGUUAUGUGAACAUAUGCUAAGAUCUGUGACAACUGAAUGAUUCACUUUUUGUUUUGCCAAUCAGUUCCUAGUAUUAUUACCUCUGCCAGGAGGUUAUGUGAUCAUCGGAGUUUGUUUGUCUGUUAACAGCAUAACUCAAAAAGUCAUGGACGGAUUUUCACCAAAUUUUUACAGAAUGUCCGGAAGAGCAAAAGUAACAAUCGAUUAGAUUUUGGAGGUGAUCCAGAUCACCGUCUGGAUCCAGGAUUUUUUUUUUUGAAGGACUCUGUACAAUUGAGAUUGUACAAUUGUACAGAGUCCUUCAAAAAAAUCCUGGAUCCAGACGGUGAUCUGGAUCACCUCCAAAAUCUAAUCGAUUGUUACUUUUGCUCUUCCGGACAUCCUGUAAAAUUUUGGUGAAAAUCCGUCCAUGACUUUUUGAGUUAUGCUGUUAACAAACAGACAGACAGACAGACAAACAGAUGGCCUGGCGGAGGUCUGCGCUCUCCAAGUGCUUUUCUAGUUGAUAAUUGUUUUUAUUUAGAUGAAAUGACUGUCAUCACUGUUAAAAGAAUAUGCUGUCACGAGUUUUAUGCACUGUUCUAAACUUCUUCUAUCAUGUACCUCUUUUAUUUCUGCUUUAUAAGUCAAUUUACAGGUGGAACCUGUUGGGUCUUGUUUCUAAUGAGUGCACAACUGAAGGUUAUUGUUUUUUUUUUUUCUACAAAAUGGGUGCAUGCAAAUUAAAUGGUUGUACAAAAAGG